CCUUGGCAUCUGAGCUGUCAACCUCACAAAAUCCCUUCGGAGCAGACAAAUAGGAGAGGAAAAGGGUCAGAUGUCUUCGCCCUCCGUCAUGCGAUAGGAAAGUAUUGUUUGCGGAGCAGCGAGUCAGCCGUGCCCCCCGCUCUGCCUGGAAACGCUGAGAUGUCCAUGAGGAGCCCUGUUUCCCCCCACCUGGAGCUGGAUGGAGCGGGCAGCAUGGUGAACUGCACCAUCAAGACGGAGGAGAAGAAGGAGGGCGGCUACGAGUCCCCUCCGGGGGCUGCUCCCAGCACUGAGCCUCGUCCCAAUGACCCCCCAGGGCCACCACCGAGGGACAGCACUGACCCCCAGGCCCUGCCACAGGAGUCCCGCUCUCCCGCCGGGGAUGUGCCCGAGCCCCGGCGCUCCGCCUUCGAGCCCGCCGGCAGCGGCCAGGACAAGCUGGACUUCAACAGGAACCUGAAGGAGGUGAUGCCAACCAUCGAGAAGUUGCUGUCCAGUGACUGGAAGGAGAGGCUGCUGGGCCGAAACUCCGCCGAGUCCAAGGAAGUGAAAGGAACCCAGGAGAGCCUGGCAGAGAAGGAGCUCCAGCUCCUUGUCAUGAUCAACCAGCUGUCCACGCUGCGGGACCAGCUGCUGACGGCCCACUCGGAGCAGAAGAACAUGGCCACGAUGCUCUUUGAGAAGCAGCAGCAGCAGAUGGAGCUGGCGAGGCAGCAGCAGGAGCAGAUCGCCAAGCAGCAGCAGCAGCUCAUCCAGCAGCAGCACAAAAUCAACCUGUUACAGCAGCAGAUCCAGCAGGUCAACAUGCCCUACGUGAUGAUUCCUGCCUUCACCCCCAGCCACCAGCCCCUCCCCGUCACCCCCGACUCCCAGCUGGCACUGCCCAUCCAACCCAUCCCCUGCAAACCAGUGGAUUACCCGGUGCAGCUGCUGCACAGCCCCCCUCCUCCCACGCUGAAGAGACCCGCCGGCCCGGGCCACCUCCAGAUGCAGGAGACCUCGCAGCCGCUGAACCUGACGGCCAAACCCAAAGGUUCCGACCUCCCCAGUGCCUCCAGUUCGCCCAGUUUGAAGAUGGGCGGCUGCCAGUCCCUCACACCAAGCCACGGGGCCACCAGGGACCUGCAGACCAGCCCGUCCAACCUGCCUCUGGGGUUCCUGGGCGAAGGCGAUGCCAUCACCAAAGCCAUCCACGACGCGCGGCAGCUGCUGCACGGCCACGGCGCAGCCAUGGAGGGGUCGCUGGGCAACCCCUACCGCAAGGAGCACGUAGGGAUUGAUUCCUCCCCAGUGAAGGAGCGGAUGGAGGAACCCCCUGCCCACCGGCUGGACGAGGCGCUGCUGACCUGUGAGAUGGACGGCUCACGGCACUUCCCCGAGUCCAGGAACAACAACCACAUCAAGCGGCCCAUGAACGCCUUCAUGGUGUGGGCGAAGGACGAGAGGAGGAAGAUCCUGCAGGCCUUCCCAGACAUGCACAACUCCAGCAUCAGCAAGAUCCUGGGUUCCCGCUGGAAAUCCAUGUCCAACCAGGAGAAGCAGCCGUACUACGAGGAGCAGGCGCGGCUGAGCCGGCAGCACCUGGAGAAAUACCCCGAUUACAAGUACAAACCCCGGCCCAAACGGACCUGCAUCGUGGAGGGGAAGCGGCUGCGCGUGGGCGAGUACAAGGCGCUGAUGAGGAACCGGCGGCAGGACGCCAGGCAGGGCUACGUGAUGGGGCCCCAGGGCAGCCAGGUGCCCCCCGGCUCCUCGGACGUGCUGUACCCGCGGCCCGUGGGGGUCCAGCUGCCGCCCCCCCUGAUGGAGCACUACCUGCCCCGCAGCGUGGACCCCAACAUGCCCGUCAUCGUCAACACCCGCAGCCUCAAGGACGAGGACGGCGGGGACGACGGGCACUCGGUGGCCGACGGGGACAUGUACCGCUACAGCGAGGAGGAGGACUCGGAGGGCGACGACAAGAGCGACGGGGAGCUGGUGGUGCUGACGGACUGAGGGGGG